GGCUUUGCACAGCGGGCGGUGUCCCCGCACUGGGGCAGCUCAGAUGUGGCCAAUGGUGGAGCAGCGCUACCUGGGAUCCCAGCACUGCCCUCCUCCCGACGCCGCCUCUAAAAGCGCUGCUGAGCUGCACAGCGCUUCCAGCCCCGGCGCUGCUGUGCGGGACGAGAGCAGCAACAGCACGAGUGCAGCAGUCAGAGCUGGGACACAGCGCAGCGCUGCUUUGGCUCCCCGUGUGAGUGUGAGCGCUCUCCCGAUGGCAGGACGUCACAGCAAAGGAUCCCAGCUGAGCAUCAUCCUGGUGGGGAAGACAGGAAGUGGCAAGAGUGCGACAGGGAACACCAUCCUUGGGACAAAGAAGUUUCAUUCCACUGUGUCAGCAGUGUCGGUAACCAAAGAGUCGCAGAAAACCGAAGGCCAUUUUGCUGGAAGAGCAAUUACUGUUGUUGACACUCCUGGCCUUUUUGACACUAAGGAAGUCAAUGAAAAAACAGCUGAAAAGAUUAAGAAUGCCUUUCAGGAUUUCUCUGCAGGUGUCCAUGCCAUUGUGCUUGUGAUGCAGCUGGGACGAAUCACACAGGAGGAGCAGGAAGUGGCUGAGUGGGUGACCAGGAUGUUCCAUGUGAAAGCAGAUAAAUACACAAUCCUCUUAUUCACCCGAGCAGAGGAGCUGCAGCAUCCAGAAGACCUGAAGGGCUUCAUAGAAGAGAGCCCAUACCUCAAGGAGCUGGCAGCCAAGUGUGGAAAUCGGUACAUUGGUUUCAACAACAGAGCCACUGGGGAGGCGAGGAAUCGGCAGGUUGCAGAGCUCAUCAGCAUGAUUGAUGCCAUGGUAAAGCAGAAUCAUGAUGCUACGCAUUACACACGAGAAAUGCUGGAGGAAGACACACGGACAUUCUUUCAAAAGUUUUGUACCAUCCUGUAGGCAGCCAGGGGUCAGUCCCAGAACAGGGACCUCCUCUGCUGUGCCGUUCCUGCUGUCUGUAUGGGGUGAUGUGAGGCAGGGUGUGUGGUGAUGGGCCUGAAGGAGCUGUCAAUAAAGACUGAGCAUUGCUGUGUGGAGGA